AACAACAAUGCCAAGCAACCAGAGCUUCCAGGGACUAAGCCACUACCUAAAGACUAUACAUGGAUUGACCCUGGACUCUGACCUCAUAGGUAGCAAUGAAUAUCCUAGUAAGAUCACCAGUGGAAGGGGAAGUCCUUGGUCCUGCUAAGACUGAACCCCCAGUGAACGUGAUUGUUGAGGGGAGGGCGGCAAUGGGGGGAGGAUGGGGAGGGGAACAUCCAUAAAGAAGGGGAGGGGGAGGGAUUACGGGGAUGUUUGCCCGAAAACCGGGAAAGGGAAUAACACUCGAAUUGUAAAUAAGAAAUACUCAAGUUAAAAAAAAAAAAAAAAAAAAAAAGGAGUGGUGGCAGCUACUGCUAGUCUAAUGGAGAAGAAAAAAAAAAAAAAACCUGUUAGAGACCACUGAAGUGUGGAUUGACUUCCUUCCUCUGUUUUGCUUUGGACCCCGCUGCACUGCAUAUAUAGAGAGAUUUAACCCAUAAGAGAUUAUGCUUGAAAGGCUCCCCCAGCAGCUUCCUUAGCUCAGAGACCAGCAGUUGACAAAACUCUCUAACUGUUCACCACAGGCCCUCCUCCAGUUCUCUAUAAACAUUGUUCAUGGCGCCUGAGCUCCCUUCAGUUUUCGACCUGCUGUCCAUCAGUUAGUGGAUGUGCGGCAACAACAUGAACAUGUCUGCCCUGAUGCAUACCUUUGUGCCUGCCGUCCAGAAGGUCACCACCACCGUUAUUUUCCUUCACAGAUUGGGAGAUACUGGGUUUGAUAUUAUUGGACUUUCACCAGAUUCCCAGGAGGAUGAAUCUGGAAUUAAACAGGCAGCACAAACUGUAAAAGCAUUCCUUCUAACAGUUAUUUUGGGAGGAUUUUCUCAGGGGGGUGCCUUAUUUUUAUACACUGCUCUCACCACACAGCAGAAACUAGCUGGUGUCACUAUACUCAGUUGCUGGCUUCCACUUUGGGCUUCAUUUGCACAGAAGCCUAUCAACAAUGCUGAUAGAGAUAUUUCUAUUCUUCAGUGCCAUGGAGACUAUGACCCUUUAGUUCCCCUAAUGUUUGGUUCUCUUACUGUUGAAAGACUAAAAGCAUUGGCAAAUCCAACCAAUGUAACCUUCAGAAUCUAUGAAGGCAUGUCGCACAGCUUACGUCAGCAGGAAAAGCUGGAUGUCAAACACUUCAUUGAGAAGCGCCUACCUCCAAUUGAUUGACGUCUCUAAGAGGCCUUGAGUAGAAGUUCAUGCAUCACAGUAGUAGAGUAUAAAC